AUGCCUCGCAACCGGGCCUUCUCAGAGCCGGAGUACUCGGCAGAGUAUUCGGCAGACUGCUCUGUGACCCUACCGUCGGACCCGGGCCAGGCCGUGGGGCGCACGCACGAGGUAACGGUUCGCAGCCAAGGGUGCUGCCUCUGCCUCCCACGCUUCAUGCGCCUCACCUUUGCACCCGAGUCACUGGAGAACCUCUAUCAGACCUAUUUCCGGCGGCAGCGACACGAAACCCUGCUGGUUCUGGUUGUGUUUGCUGCCCUGUUUGACAGCUACAUCAUCGUCAUGUGCGCCGUGGUCUACACAGGCGAAAAGCUGGCCUCUGUGGUGGUGGCAUCAGUGGGCCUGGCAUCAGACAUCCUACUCUAUGUGUUGUGCCGUUACGGCCUCCUACCCGACCGCAUCUCGCGACGUGUGGUGCCCUACGCUCUGUGGGUGCUCAUAGCGGCCCAGAUCUUCUGCUACCUGGGCCUGAACUAUGCCCGCUUCCACCAGGCCAGCGACACGGUGGGCUGGCAGGCCUUCUUUAGCUUCUCCUUCUUCCUGACACUGCCCCUGCGGCUCACGCCCAUCGUGCUGAUCACAUCUGUGUCAUGCGGGGUCCACACCCUGGUGCUGGGGGUCACCAUCGCUCAGCAGCAGCAGGAGGACAUCCAGGCGGCUGCCCUCGGGAGACAGGUGAGAGUGGGGGGAUGAGGACACACCUUGGGUGGGAGUUGAGUUGCAGGGGGGAGUGAGAGUGGGUGAGGGGGAUGGGGAUUGAAGCUGCAGGUAGAGUGGGAGACGGGUAAGAGUGGGGGUCUGAGGCUGAGGACACUUUCAGGAGGGGAAGGAAGUUGCAGGUGGAGAGGGAGACGGGCGAGAGUGGUUCAGGAACAGCUGGGGUGGGUGGACACAUAGGAGUUGGAUGAAGUUGCAGGUGGAGUUGGAGACAGGCAGGUGUGUGGGGGGUGGAGUGGGGUGGGGUGGGGGGAUGAUGAGUAAGGUAGAUGGUAGGGUGGCAGGUAUAGAGAGGUGAACAGAUCUUGUAAAGUAGCUCAUAAAAGAAAAUAACUAGGAACAGUGCCACAUGCCAUAAUUGCAACUCAAGGAAUGAUGAGCAAUUACUAGGGUAUAUACAGCACAUUUAAUAAGAGGCUAGAUAUUGUUAGAAUGACAGUCUGUACUAUUUAUGUCACAUUAUGUCCUGUAAUUGUCUUACAGUACCUACAAUGAAUAGGCAUUACUGAUGAGUCCACAAACAGGCUGAAUGUAUCAAAUGUUUAGGUGACAGAGCAGAGGCUGAGAAUAGACUGAGGUUUCAGUGUCUCCUACCAACUAAAAAGCCUCUGUGGUUUCGUCAUUUGUCUAUAUUUGAUAUUUUAGAGGCCGUUCUCUUGUUUGACAUCAAUACUAUUCUCAAAUGGUCCACAGUUUUUGGUUCUCAGUAUGCUCAUGUCUUCUUUAUCAUAAUGUCACAUUAAUCCAAUGAGAGGCAGGCAGCCCACUAUAAGGCCAGCCACCCUAUCGGAGCAUCAAUCUGAGCAAAUCUAAAUGUUAUUCAAUGACAAAACAUUUUAGGGAACAGUGCAGUAUCCAAACUUUGUUUAAAAUGUAACUAAUCAGCAGCCACCUUACUGCAACCUAUAAGAGUUUGGUAAUGGUUUAGAGUGCCGGUUUCUUUUUGCCCGUCUGCCACAUUCAUGGCUGCAGAAAGUCAGUAAGAUCCCACUAGCCUAGGUCAUGAUAAGUCUACACAAGGGUCCUCACCACAGGUUUCAAAGUGUGUGGUGUGCGUGCAUCGGUGUGUCAAAUCAAAUGUGUAUUUGUCACAUGCUUCGUAAACAACAGGCGUAGACUAACAGUGAAAGGCUUACUGUGCGUGCCUGUUUGUGUGUUUGUUAUAGUGCAGUUGUUGUGUAAAUUUUUGUGUGUGUGUCUAAUGACUCUGUGGUGUUCUCCAGCUGCUGGCCAACAUAGUGAUCUAUGUGUGUGCCAUCACUGUGGGCGUCAUGUCCUACUACAUGGCAGACCGGAAACACCGCAAGGCCUUCCUGGAAGCACGGCAGUCCCUGGAGGUCAAACUCAAUCUGGAGGAACAGAGCCAGCAACAGGUGGGACUGACAGACUGGAGAGGGAGGGGGGGGGGGUGUUGGUAAAAACAUAUGGCGGGAGGACAGAGGGGAAUACACAAUAUAGGGCAGGAGACAACAUGUGCAGAGAGAGAAAAGUGACAGAGGGUGAUAGGUUAGAGAGUGGGUUGCAGUGCCAGAGUAGUGCCCUGGUUUGAAUGUACACUACCGUUCAAAAGUUUGGGGUCACUUAGAAAUCUCCUUGUUUUCGAAAGAACAUUAUUUUUUUUUGGCCAUUAAAAUAACAUCAAAUUGAUCAGAAAUACAGUGUAGACAUUGUUAAUGUUAUAAAUGGCUGUUGAAGCUGGAAACGGCUGAUUUUUAAUGGAAUAUCUACAUAGGCGUACAGAGGCCCAUUAUCAGCAACCAUCAGUCCUGUGUUCCAAUGGCACGUUGUGUUUGCUAAUCCAAGUUUAUCAUUUUAAAAGGCUAAUUGAUCAUUAGAAAACCUUUUUGCAAUUAUGUUAGCACAGCUGAAAACUGUUGUGCUGAUUAAAGAAGCAAUAAAACUGGCCUAAGUGACCCAAAACGUUUGAACGGUAGUGUAUGUGAUUGUGAUUCAGACCUGUUUUGUUUAUGUUAAAGCCCAAGGGAAUUUAAACACAAUUCUCAGUAUCUACAGCUCCAUUUGAUCUACUGUUACUGUACACUUACACUAAGCUAGUUAAGUGUGUGUGUGCGUGCGUGCGUGUGUGUGUGUGUGCUUGUGCAUAUUUUGUAUGUCUGUUUGAGUUAGGACUGUGUCAGCAGUCAUUUCCCCUUCCUCCCCCUGUCUCACAGCUGUGGCCAUUGGGCAUUCUUGAUUGCUACUAUUUAUGGAACAGACGGUUACUGCUAUAGAGAGCUGAGAAAGAGGGAGAGGGCUUAGAGGAAAGGGGUGAUUAUGGAGGAAGGGAAGGAGGGAGCAAAGGUGUGUGUGUGUGUGUGUGUGUGUGUGAGAGCGAGGAAAAGAGAGAGAGAAAGAGAGAGAGAAGGGCUGAUAAGACCAUGAGAGGAGAAACUCCCAGAAUACUAAUGGAGAAGCAUGGGCUGCUGGGAGACAAGGGCCGCCAGCCAAUCAAGGAGCAUCCGGUCGCUGCAGGUUACCAUGGCGACCAGCCUCCUGAGACGAUGUCCGCAGUAAUCACUCUGCUGACUCGCUUGCCCAUUUUUUUUUUAUCUCUCUCCUUCAGGUUUUGAUAAGAACGUAGAAAACCCUGCCACGUUAUUUGUUUUCCUCCCUCCACGUGUGUGUGUGUACUCAAGGCUUUUGUUUGCCUGAUGUGUUUGUGUUUUCCGAUGUUUAUGUUUCUGGUCUUGGGUCAUCAAGGGUGGAAUCUGUUCAGAUAGCCUUACGUAGCGAUGAGUGAUAGUUUUAGGCCAAUCAGACUUGUGAAUAGGGACAGUGCUUUUAACAGGGAGAAAAGUUAUAGGCCGAUAUUUUGGCUGACCAUUAUACCAUGUCUAUGAACUGUGUAAUAUGUGAUUAUAUAUCAUGUUUGUACGUUGGAUGAUUUUAUUUUUUAUUUAACCUUUAUUUUAUCAGGGAGUCAUACUGAGACCAAUGACUCUUUUACAGAUGAGCCCUGAAUUACAUAAAUUACAGAAAGAAAAACACGGUCAGAAAAAACAAACACAUUCAUCAGUAAUAUGGUUCUCAAUCAGCUUUCUGAAUUUCCCUAGAGGCACCAAAAUAUCAAAUUUAAGAACAUUUUGAAGAUUGUUCUACAAAUAAGGUGCAAGGAAACUAAAAGCUGAUUUACCUAACUCAGUAGCAACCAAAGGAAUUUCCAGAGUUAGCCAUCCCUGAGACCGGGUGUGGUAACUCAUAUGUCUAAAGUUUAGUAAAGAAGUUAGGUACAGUGGGACUUGUUGUAAAAGGGCUUUCUAAAUAAAAACAUAGCAAUGUAUCAACCUACAUGACAUCAAAGAGGUCCAACCAACUUUCUGUCGGACCACAGUAAGACUACCUGUUGCUAAUGGGGAUCCAAAUAAAUGAAAAAAAAAAAUGCAAUAAUGAGUACAAAAAUUGUCGCCCGUAAUAAAGCACAGUGUGCUAUGAUAAACUGCAUCUAACAGCUUUAAUGAAGUGGCAGCUGACUUAAUAUACAGUGGGGGGGAAAAGUAUUUAGUCAGCCACCAAUUGUGCAAGUUCUCCCACUUAAAAAGAUGAGAGGCCUGUAAUUUUCAUCAUAGGUACACGUCAAUUAUGACAGACAAAAUGAGAAAAAGAAAUCCAGAAAAUCACAUUGUAGGAUUUUUUAUGAAUUUAUUUGCAAAUUAUGGUGGAAAAUACGUUUUUGGUCAAUAACAAAAGUUUCUCAAUACUUUGUUAUAUACCCUUUAUUGGCAAUGACACAGGUCAAACAUUUUCUGUAAGUCUUCACAAGGUAUUCACACACUGUUGCUGGUAUUUUGGCCCAUUCCUCCAUGCAGAUCUCCUCUAGAGCAGUGAUGUUUUGGGGCUGUCGCUGGGCAACACGGACUUUCAACUCCCUCCAAAGAUUUUCUAUGGGGUUGAGAUCUGGAGACUGGCUAGGCCACUCCAGGACCUUGAAAUGCUUCUUACGAAGCCACUCCUUCGUUGCCCGGGCGGUGUGUUUGGGAUCAUUGUCAUGCUGAAAGACCCAGCCACGUUUCAUCUUCAAUGCCCUUGCUGAUGAAGGAGGUUUUCACUCAAAAUCUCACGAUACAUGGCCCCAUUCAUUCUUUUCUUUACACGGAUCAGUCGUCCUGGUCCCUUUGCAGAAAAACAGCCCCAAAGCAUGAUGUUUCCACCCCCAUGCUUCACAGUAGGUAUGGUGUUCUUUGGAUGCUACUCAGCAUUCUUUGUCCUCCAAACACGACGAGUUGAGUUUUUACCAAAAAGUUCUAUUUUGGUUUCAUCUGACCAUAUGACAUUCUCCCAAUCCUCUUCUGGAUCAUCCAAAUGCACUCUAGCAAACUUCAGACGGGCCUGGACAUGUACUGGCUUAAGCAGGGGGACACGUCUGCACUGCAGGAUUUGAGUCCCUGGCGGCGUAGUGUGUUACUGAUGGUAGGCUUUGUUACUUUGGUCCCAGCUCUCUGCAGGUCAUUCACUAGGUCCCCGCGUGUGGUUCUGGGAUUUUUGCUCACCGUUCUUGUGAUCAUUUUGACCCCACGGGGUGAGAUCUUGCGUGGAGCCCCAGAUCGAGGGAGAUUAUCAGUGGUCUUGUAUGUCUUCCAUUUCCUAAUAAUUGCUCCCACAGUUGAUUUCUUCAAACCAAGCUGCUUACCUAUUGCAGAUUCAGUCUUCCCAGCCUGGUGCAGGUCUACAAUUUUGUUUCUGGUGUCCUUUGACAGCUCUUUGGUCUUGGCCAUAGUGGAGUUUGGAGUGUGACUGUUUGAGGUUGUGGACAGGUGUCUUUUAUACUGAUAACAAGUUCAAACAGGUGCCAUUAAUACAGGUAACGAGUGGAGGACAGAGGAGCCUCUUAAAGAAGAAGUUACAGGUCUGUGAGAGCCAGAAAUCUUGCUUGUUUGCAGGUGACCAAAUACUUAUUUUCCACCAUAAUUUGCAAAUAAAUUCAUUAAGAAUCCUACAAUGUGAUUUUCUGGAUUUUUUUUCUCAAUUUGUCUGUCAUAGUUGACGUGUACCUAUGAUGAAAAUUACAGGCCUCUCUCAUCUUUUUAAGUGGGAGAACUUGCACAAUUGGUGGCUGACUAAAUACUUUUUUUCCCACUGUAAAUGAUGUCGCCAUAGUCUAGGACCGAUAGGAACGUUGACUGAAUAAUCUGCUUUCUACUAUUUAGUGAGAGGCAGGACCUAUUUCUAUUGAAGAAGCCAACUUUUAUUCUUAGCUUCUUAACUCAUCAAUAUGCUAUCAAGACAGCUUUAAAUCUAUCCAGAUAACCAGAUAUUUGUAAGCAGGGUCACAAUCAAUAUGGACACCAUCCAAAUUACACGCUUAAAUCAUCAGAGUUAUUUUUAUGUGCUCUAGAGAACAACAUAUACUUAGUUUUACCUGCACUCUGUACUAAUUCCAGGUCAAGGUUUUUCCGUAAUACAAUGAAGGCAGACUGUAGUUCAAAUCGAGCCUGGUCAACUGUGGGGACAAUAGCACACAACAGUAUCAUCGACAUACAAAUGCAGGUACAUUUUUUUUUUGUCGGUAUUGUUAAUGUAAAAAGUACAGGACCAGAAUCGACCCCAGUAGGACACCUUUAGUAAUAUCCAGGAAACCUUAUUUAACACCAUCAGUAGAUACACAUUGAGUUUUUUCUGUCAAGUAUUUUUUAAACCAGUUACAUGCAAUCUGGUCUAGGUCAAUUGAGGAAAGCCUCUGAAUUAGCAAUGAGUGAUCAACAGUAUCGAAAGCCUUUGACAGGUCAAUGUUGCCUUUUAUCCAUACAGUUAACCACAUAAUUUAUAACAAGGGAUGUUGCAGAGAUAGGGCUAUGACCUGGUCUAAAACCCAACUGAUGUACAUUUAGAAUACAUUUCAAAAAUAAGAAAGAUCUUAGCUGAGAAUUAAUCAAGGAUUCUAAUAUUUUAGCUAGGCAAGAAAGUUUAGAAAUAGGUUGAUCAAUUAUUUAGGUCACAAGGGUCACCACCUUUGUGAAGGGGGAGUACACGGGCCGCCUUCCAAACCUUGGGGAUAGUACCAGAUAUAAUUGUCAGGUUAAAAAUAUGUGUUAAUGAUUCAGUAAUCGGGGGCAGAGAGCUGCAGCAAAAAUGGAUCAAGAAUAUCAGCCCCAGUGGAUUUUUUUUAAAAACCAGUCUUAAGCAAGGCAUCUGGGCACAUCACAGAUAGUAAAUUGUUGAAAUGAAAACAAAGAUUCACUAGAAGUUGAUGGGUUAGCCAUCAAGUCAGCUAGAGGCUGGCAGAGGAAGAGUAGUUGAUUGACUGACCAGGGUCAAUUAAACCACCAUUUCUCGCAAAUAAUAAGCCUGCCAAGAUAAAAUUAUGAUUAAAAGCAUCACUUAUCCCAUUCUUCUCAACUAUGAUGCCAGAGUCAGACAGGACUUGCUUAGGCAGGGAAGAAGAGGAAUUUGUACGUUUCAGUGCAUUUACUGUUUUCCAAAAUUUUUGAUCACCAGCAGAGUCGGAGAUAGAGUUUAAAAAGUAGCUUGAUUUUAGCUUUCUUAAUCGAGAUAGUACAUCUGUUUCGCAAUUGUCUGAGAGAUUGCCAGUCCGUUUUCCUUGCUUUGGCCUGAUUUCUCAUCUGAAUGAGCUCAGAUAGCUCUGAAGAUCUAACCCUUGAUUUUCUAUCUUUGACUCUGAAUUGUUUAAAAGGGGCUUGUUUAUCUGUUUGAGGAAUAAAUAUGGAGGAGACAUUUUCUAGAGCCAACUCUGGGUCAGGAAUAAAGGAGACAGUGGCUAAAUCAGAGUAGGAGCAUGUAAAAACCCUUGAGGAGGAAACUUUAAAAAACAAAUGUAUCUUAAUUCAACAAGGAUUAGUAUUUUGCGGUUUCGUAUCUCUAAUACAUACCAUGGGAUGUGAUUGUCACAUGUACAGUGCAUUUGGAAAGUAUUCAGACCCCUUGACUUUUUCCUCAUUUUGUUACGCUACAGCCUUAUUUUAAAAUGGAUUAAAUUGUUGUUUUUUUCUCAUCUAUCUACACACAAUACCCCAUAAUGACAAAUCAAAAACAGGUUUUUAGAUUUGUUUGCAAAUUUAUAGAAAAUACAAAUGGAAAUAUCACAUUUACAUAAGUAUUCAGACCCUUUACUCAGUACUUGGCAGCGAUUACAGCCUCAAGUCUUCUCAGGUAUGACGCUACAAGCUUGGCACACCUGUAUUUGGGGAGUUUCUACCAUUCUUCUCUGCAGAUCCUCUCAAGCUCUGUCAGGUUGGAUGGGGAGCGUCGCUGCACAGCUAUUUUCAGGUCUCUCCAGAGAUGUUCGAUCAGGUUCAAGUCCGUGCUCUGGCAGGGCCACUCAAGGACAUUCAGAGACUUGUUCCAAAGCCACUCCUGCGUUGUCUUGGCUGUGUGCUUAAGGUCGUUGUCCUGUUGGAAGGUGAACCUUCGCCCCCCAGUCUGAGGUCCUGAGUGCUCUGGAGCAGGUUUUCAUCAAGGAUCUCUCUGUGCUUUGCUCCGUUCAUCUUUCCCUUGAUCCUGACUAGUCUCCCGGUCCCUGCCGCUGUUAAACAUCCCCACAGCAUGAUGCUGCCACCACCAUGCUUCACUGUAGGGAUGGUGCCAGGUUUCCUCCAGACGCGACGAUUGGCAUUCAGGCCAAAGAGUUCAAUCUUGGUUUCAUCAGACCAGAGAAUCUUGUUUCUCAUUGUCUGAAAGUCCUUUAGGUGCCUAUUGGCAAACUCCAAGCGGCCUGUCAUGUGCCUUUAACUGCGGAGUGGCUUCUGUCUGGCCACUCUACCAUAAAGGCCUGAUUGGUGGAGUGCUGCAGAGAUGGUUGUCCUUCUGGAAGGUUCUCCCAUCUCCACAGAGGAACUCUGGAGCUCUGUCAGAGUGACCAUCGGGUUCUUGGUCACCUCCCUGACCAAGGCCCUUCUCCCCUGAUUGUUCAGUUUGGCCGGGCGGCCAGCUCUAGGAAGAGUCUUGGUGGUUCCAAACUUCUUCCAUUUAGGAAUGAUGUAGGCCACUGUGUUCUUGGGGACCUUCAAUGCUGCAGACACUUUUUGGUACCCUUCCCCAGGUCUGUGCUUCGAGACAAUCCUGUCUCGGAGCUCUACGGACAAUUCCUUCGACCUCAUGGCUUGGUUUUUACUCUGACAUGCACUGUCAACUGUGGGACCAUAAAUAGACAGGUUUGUGCCUUUCCAAAUCAUGCCCAAUCAAUUGAAUUUACCACAGGUCAAGUUGUAGAAACAUCUCAAGGAUGAUCAAUGGAAACAGGAUUCACCUGAGCUCAAUUUCGAGUCUAAUAGCAAAGGGUCUGAAUACCUAUGUAAAUAAGGUAUUUCUGUUUUUUAAUACAUUUGCAAAAAUGUCUAAAAACCUGUUUUCACUUUGUCAUUAUGGGGUAUUGUGUGUACAUUGAUGAGGGGGGGAAAAAAGAAUGUAAUCUAUUUUAGAAUAAGGCUGUAACGUAACGAAAUGUGGAAAAAGUCUAGGGGUCUGAAUACUUUCCAAAUGUGCUGUUUGAGCACAUGUUAGUCAGUCAUCCAUGUUUAUUUCAUUAUGGUAUUUAUUUUUCCAAGAUCUAUUGGUUGAAAGGUGAUAGAAGUAGAUACAAUUUGGAAGUGGAUGCUUUGGGAUGGCAAUGGACAGUUUCCUUUGCUAUAGAAAGUGGUUUGAUUAGGUCAUUGAAUAUUUAUUGAUUCUGAUUGAGUCAUUGAUUUGAUUCUGCUGCCAAUCACACACAAUUAAGUGUCUUUAUUGUAAGCUGUGCGUGCUUCUAUUGAGGCUCUUUAGAGUCUUCUCAUAUCCACUGAAACCUCACCACUCUCCCUGUCCUCCGCAGGAGCGUCUCUUGCUGUCCAUCCUGCCCAAGCACAUAGCAGAUGAGAUGUUACAGGACAUGAAGAAGAAAGAAGCAAGUCAGACUGGACAGAAGGAGAUGCAGCAGUUCAACACCAUGUACAUGUAUCGCCACGAAAAUGUCAGGUAAGACUCAGUAGCCAGACUAUAUAUACAGUCUAUAGACCUAUGGCUAGGAGAACAUAACUUAUAGAGUAUACUAUGUUAUAUAACAAAGAGGCAGGAUAUCCAAUAGGAUGAUGUGAUGACAGCAUGUAUCCCCUCUCUCCGGCAGUAUUUUGUUUGCAGACAUUGUGGGAUUCACUCAGCUGUCAUCAUCAUGCAGUGCCCAUGAGCUGGUCAAGCUCCUCAAUGAACUGUUUGCCCGCUUUGACAAGCUGGCUGCCGUGAGUCAUUCACACACACAGACAUAAAUAUAUUACUUACUGACUGAAAAUGUAUGUUGGUUGACAUGUAUUCAUACUCAUCUUUUAAACAUAGAUUUAUUUAUAGAUUAAAGUUCAUUUACAUGAGUAGUCACAUCAUUUCACAUACAGAUUAAAUCACUUAUUUGAAUGUUCCAGCCCCUACCUCACUGUGUGUGUGUUUCUGUUUCUGUGUAGAAAUACCACCAGUUGAGAAUAAAGAUCCUGGGCGACUGUUACUACUGUAUCUGUGGCCUGCCAGACUACAGAGAGGACCACGCUGCCUGCUCCAUCAUGAUGGGCCUGGCCAUGGUGGAGGCCAUUUCGUGAGUAGCACCCAAUGGAAAUGUGGACUGAAGAAACUGUACGCAAUUAAUAUUUUUUACCAAGGUUUGAUGCGCUUUUAAGUCCAAACCUUUCAGUAUUCCGAAUGACCUCCUUUUCAGACGUGUUCACAUCUGAGGUCUUUCUGUACUUGUGGUGUAUAGGGUGUCAUUUGAGAUUUGCACAGAGUAGGAAUAAUGUGGUGUGCUGGAGGCAAAUCGAAUGGUAGGGGAAACACUGGCUAGGGUGGUUCUUCUUGGCUCUGUGUCACGGUGACUGUGUUGUCCUGUAGGUAUGUUCGUGAGAAGACCGGGACAGAUGUGGACAUGCGUGUGGGGGUGCACACUGGCACUGUCCUGGGGGGCGUCCUGGGACAGAAGCGGUGGCAGUAUGACGUCUGGUCCACUGACGUCACCGUGGCCAAUAAGAUGGAGGCGGGAGGAAUACCAGGGUAAGAAGGAACUGGUUUAAACCCCUCUGUCUAAGUUAUUACAGUGGGGAAAAAAAGUAUUUAGUCAGCCACCAAUUGUGCAAGUUCUCCCACUUAAAAAUAUGAGAGAGGCCUGUAAUUUUCAUCAUAGGUACACGUCAACUAUGACAGACAAAUUGAGAAAAAAAAUCCAGAAAAUCACAUUGUAGGAUUUUUUAUGAAUUUAUUUGCAAAUUAUGGUGGAAAAUAAGUAUUUGGUCACCUACAAACAAGCAAGAUUUCUGGCUCUCACAGACCUGUAACUUCUUCUUUAAGAGGCUCCUCUGUCCUCCACUCGUUACCUGUAUUAAUGGCACCUGUUUGAACUUGUUAUCAGUAUAAAAGACACCUGUCCACAACCUCAAACAGUCACACUCCAAACUCCACUAUGGCCAAGACCAAAGAGCUGUCAAAGGACACCAGAAACAAAAUUGUAGACCUGCACCAGGCUGGGAAGACUGAAUCUGCAAUAGGUAAGCAGCUUGGUUUGAAGAAAUCAACUGUGGGAGCAAUUAUUAGGAAAUGGAAGACAUACAAGACCACUGAUAAUCUCCCUCGAUCUGGGGCUCCACGCAAGAUCUCACCCUGUGGGGUCAAAAUGAUCACAAGAACGGUGAGCAAAAAUCCCAGAACCACACGGGCGGACCUAGUGAAUGACCUGCAGAGAGCUGGGACCAAAGUAACAAAGCCUACCAUCAGUAACACACUACGCCGCCAGGGACUCAAAUCCUGCAGUGCCAGACGUGUCCCCCUGCUUAAGCCAGUACAUGUCCAGGCCCGUCUGAAGUUUGCUAGAGUGCAUUUGGAUGAUCCAGAAGAGGAUUGGGAGAAUGUCAUAUGGUCAGAUGAAACCAAAAUAGAACCUUUUGGUAAAAACUCAACUCGUCGUGUUUGGAGGACAAAGAAUGCUGAGUAGCAUCCAAAGAACACCAUACCUACUGUGAAGCAUGGGGGUGGAAACAUCAUGCUUUGGGGCUGUUUUUCUGCAAAGGGACCAGGACGACUGAUCCGUGUAAAGGAAAGAAUGAAUGGGGCCAUGUAUCGUGAGAUUUUGAGUGAAAACCUCCUUCCAUCAGCAAGGGCAUUGAAGAUGAAACGUGGCUGGGUCUUUCAGCAUGACAAUGAUCCCAAACACACCGCCGGGCAAUGAAGGAGUGGCUUCGUAAGAAGCAUUUCAAGGUCCUGGAGUGGCCUAGCCAGUCUCCAGAUCUCAACCCCAUAGAAAAUCUUUGGAGGGAGUUGAAAGUCCGUGUUGCCCAGCGACAGCCCCAAAACAUCACUGCUCUAGAGGAGAUCUGCUUGGAGGAAUGGGCCAAAAUACCAGCAACAGUGUGUGAAAACCUUGUGAAGACUUACAGAAAAUGUUUGACCUGUGUCAUUGCCAACAAAGGGUAUAUAACAAAGUAUUGAGAAACUUUUGUUAUUGACCAAAUACUUAUUUUCCACCAUAAUUUGCAAAUAAAUUCAUUAAAAAUCCUACAAUGUGAUUUUCUGGAUUUUUUUUCCUCAUUUUGUCUGUCAUAGUUGACGUGUACCUAUGAUGAAAAUUACAGGCCUCUCUCAUCUUUUUAAGUGGGAGAACUUGCACAAUUGGCUGACUAAAUACUUUUUUCCCCCACUAGUUUUAAGUUAUUACAUUUUCCCUAACCCUGUUUAUAGAUCUUUACUACAACCUUAGAUGAUGCACAGGCAAGAUUGACCUGCCUCAUGAACUCAUAUUUGUCAUAUAUUUUUGUGCCCAAUACAAACCCUAUAUACCUAUACAAAAUUAAUUAUUGCUAGCAAUAAGUCAUGAAUUAUGAAGUAGGUAAGGAAAUGUUGAUGUUCUGUAUAUCAAAAAGAGGGUGACAGCAGGAAUCAUUUAAAGUUUGCAAUAGGGAGGUUAUAGGGUCAGCUCCCACCCAGCCUGCCAUUGAUAGGCCAGGCUCUCUGACCUCAAAUCUAUAACACCUGACCUUUGCGGCAGGCGUGUGCACAUCUCCCAGGCCACCAUGGAGUGUCUGCACGGGGAGUUUGAUAUGGAACCGGGGAACGGAGGCGACCGCUGUGAGUACCUGAAGGAGAGGGGCAUCGACUCCUACCUGGUGGUGGUGCCCAAGGGCCCCCUGGGAAAGAACGGCAUCAACGGGGUGGUGAGUAUUGCCUCAAUACCUAGUUUUAUUCAACCUUUAUUCUUACAGGUUCGUCUCACUGAGAUAAAACCUCGGUAAACCUUUAUUCUACAACCAGGUAGAAGUUACUAAGAAAUAACUUUUGUCUUUAACAAACUUUGGUACCAGUCACCACUUUUGUUACAUUUUGAGGUAAUUACCAGCAUAGUUUCCUAGUUAAUACUGUGAAAAUACCAGGUAAGUAACAGCUUACAACAGGCUGUAAAAGAAAGCGUUAUAAAAAUGUCAAUAUUUUUUCCUCCAGAUCCCUCCGGUCAACACACCACAGUAACUGUAACACACCUCACAUUCUCUCUUCUCUCCUCCUUCCUGUCUCUUCAUUUCCUAUCAGAAGUUGUCUGUGAUGUCGUCCAAUGGGAACUCUCCAUUGUUGAUCAACACCACUGAGUGUAAUGGGAGUGUCCACACAGCCUGCACCACACCAGACGAGCCAGAGGAGCUGGACACACGGGUAACGUAUGACCUUUACUGUAACCCCUAACACACAGGAUUGCAACUCUGUCCUAGAAGUGAUUAGCACACCUAUUCAAAAGAUUAACUAAUCAUUGUCUUAUAUUUAGACCUCGAUUUGUUUAUUCAGGGGUGUUAGCGCUGGGCUAGUACAAAAACCUCCAAAUACUUUUGCUGUCUCCAAGACAGGAGUUGCUCCAACGGGUGCUACCUUCUCCACUUCAAACCUGAAUGAAGAGUGGCUACGUCCAGAUUCUCCCCCCUUCUCAUUAAGUGUGCACUUGCACACUCCCCAUCAUAGAUCUAAAAGCAUUGAAUUGUUGUAAGCAUUGGCUGGAGAGAGUUUCGACCAUUGUUACAUCCAUGAGAGAGAGUGUGCAAGUGCACACUUUAGAAGAAGUGUGGAGAAUCGGGGUGCAUCCAGUGUGUGGUGUAAUGACAGACCAGGAAUGCCACCUUCUUGUGACACCAGGUGGUGAACCCUUCGUUCCCCAACCCUCGGCGGAGGCUAAGACUGCGGGACCUGGCUGAGAGGGUGAUUGAUGCCCAAGAGAACGAACAGGAGCUCAACAAACUGCUCAAUGAGGCACUGCUGGAGAGAGAAACCGUACAAGCGUGAGUAGAGAAAGAGUGAGAGUGAGGGUGUGUGUGGGGUUGCAAAAUUCCAGGUACUUUAAAUAAAUUCCCUGGUUAUCCUGAAAUCCUGGUUGGAGGAUUCCGGAUUUCAUGCUUAUUGCCUCCUAAUUCGGGGAAACCUCCAACUGGGAAUUUUGGGGAAACCAGGGAAUUUAUUUAUUAAAACUUCCCUGAAUUUUGCCAGCCUGUGUGUAUCUACAGUUGAAGUCGGAAGUUUACAUACACCUUAGCCAAAUACAUUUAAACUAAGUUUUUCACAAUUCCUGACAUUUAAUCCUUUAGUCUUUAGGUCAGUUAGGUUCACCACUUUAUUUUAAGAAUGUGAAAUGUCAGAAUAAUUGUAGAGAGAAUGAUUUAUUUAAGCUUUUAUUUCUUUCAUCACAUUCCCAGUGGGUCAGAAGUUUACAUACACUCAAUUAGUAUUUGGUAGCAUUGCCUUUAAAUUGUUUAACUUGGGUCAAACGUUUCGGGUAGCCUUCCACAAGCUUCCCACAAUAAGUUGGGUGAAUUUUGGCCCAUUCCUCCUGACAGAGCUGGUGUAACUGAAUCAGGUUUGUAGGCCUCCUUGCUUGCGCACGCCUUUUCAGUUCUGCCCACACAUUUUCUAUAGGAUUGAGGUCAGGGCUUUGUGAUGGCCACUCCAAUACCUUGACUUUGUUGUCCUUAAGCCAUUUUGCCACAACUUUGGAAGUAUGCUUGGGGUCAUUGUCCAUUUGGAAGACCCAUUUGCGACCAAGCUUUAACUUCCUGACUGAUGUCUUGAGAUGUUGCUUCAAUAUAUCCACAUCAUUUUCCUUCCUCAUGAUGCCAUCUAUUUUGUGAAGUGCACCAGUCCCUCCUGCAGCAUGAUACUGCCACCCCCUUGCUUCACGGUUGGGAUGGUGUUCUUCGGCUUGCAAGCGUCCCCCCUUUUUCCUCCAAACUAUGGUCAUUAUGGCCAAACAGUUCUAUUUUUGUUUCAUCAGACCAGAGGACAUUUCUCCAAAAAGUAAGAUCUUUGUCCCCAUGUGGCUUCUUCUUUGCUGAGCGGCCUUUCCGGUUAUGUCGAUAUAGGACUCGUCUUACUGUGGAUAUAGAUACUUGUGUACCUGUUUCCUCCAGCAUCUUCACAAGGUCCUUUGCUGUUGUUCUGGGAUUGAUUUGCACUUUUCGCACCAAAGUACGUUCAUCUCUAGGAGACAGAACACGUCUCCUUCCUGAGCGGUAUGACGGCUGCGUGGUCCCAUGGUGUUUAUACUUGUGUACUAUUGUUUGUACAGAUGAACGUGGUACCUUCAGGCAUUUGGAAAUUGCUCCCAAGGAUGAAACAGACUUGUCUACAACUUUUCUUUUUCUGAGGUCUUGGCUGAUUUCUUUUGAUUUUCCCAUGUUGUCAAGCAAAGAGGCACAGAGUUUGAAGGUAGGCCUUGAAAUACAUCCACAGGUACACCUCCAAUUGACUCAAAUGAUGUCAAUUAGCCUAUUAGAAGCUUCUAAAGCCAUGACAUCAUUUUCUGGAAUUUUCCAAGCUGUUUAAAGGCACAGUCAACUUAGUGUAUGUAAACUUCUGACCCACUGGAAUUGUGAUACAUUGAAUUAUAAGUGAAAUAAUCUGUUUGUAAACAAUUGUUGGAAAAAUUGCUUGUGUCAUGCACAAAGUAGAUGUCCUAACCGACUUGCCAAAACUAUAGUUUGCUAACAAGAAAUUUGUGGAGUGGUUGAAAAACGAGUUUUAAUCACUCCAACCUAAGUGUAUGUAAACUUCCGACUUCAACUGUAUGUAUGUGUGUGUGUGAUAGUCAUAGAGAAACACCUCAGUAGCAGAGGGUGUGUGAGUGAGCCAUGUGCAGCCAGGUAUGAAUCCUCUGUUAUGUGAGCAGACAGACCGUGUGAUCCCUCCCUCUACCCUGUCUCCAUCUGCCCUGUCAGUCUGAAGGGGAAACGCACCAACUGUCUGUCCCUGCGCUUUGUGGACCCUGAGCUGGAGACCCGCUACUCUGUAGAAAAGGAGAAGCAGAGCGGGGCUGCCUUCAGCUGCUCCUGUGUAGUGCUCCUGUUCACUGCAGCCAUGGAGGUCCUGAUAGACCCACGGUGAGUUUACCUAAACUCUCGCUCUCUCUCUCUCUCUCUCUCAGUCUCGUGUUCCUUAUGUUCUGUGUGUUCUUGCGGUUGACAGGAUGAUAGCAAAUUACGUGACCCUAGCUGUGGGAGAGGUCCUGCUGCUCGUCCUCACCGUCUGCUCUCUGGCGGCCAUCUUCCCUCGAGUGAGUGCCCCUUCCCCCCGCUCCACUAUCACACCUCGCUCAACAUCCAACCAGAGAGCAGCUAUCCUUUCAGCGCGAGCAACAGUUAACCCACAGCCAAAUCAUAAUUUAUCAUAGAACAUUUUCCACAACAUAAGAAAUCCGUAGAUAUUAAGAUAUUUGUUGUGGCGUACUCUUGAGGAAAAAUAACGUAGUUGUGAUAGUGGAUCAGCAUACCGUAGUUAAGUAACUUAGAUGUGGUAAGCAUCUCAUGAUGCUGUGCAUUUGAUGUGUACAUACAGUACACUCCCAAUGUUACGUAAGCUGAAUGAGGUAGAAAAUGUGUCUAAUCAGCACCCCAUACGUUCGUUCUUUUGUCACGCAUCAACACUUUUGAUCUAACCUCAUGAGCCAGGUCAUGGAAAGUCAAAUUUAUUGACUGCUACAGACAGUUAUGUAGCUACCACUAUCGACUGCUACUGUCACCCUAACAGCAACACUCCUCCCCCAUCCCCACAUUGCCCACAAGGGUUUUGAACCCCAUGUACUGUAUCUGUGCACUGUGUGUGCGUGCGCACACACACAUAAACAAACAGAUUAACUGAUUCACUGUUACGAAACAACUACUGUAUCAAGGGCGAAAUGCAUGUCCAUGUCGAUAUUUGUCUGUGCCUGUCACAGUACAAUGUCAACCACACAAACACCAGAAACCACACACACUCACACAUACACUUCAACCCAGAGCCUAUAAGCAAGAGCUUUUAGUGCUACAUAAUGAAAUGCUUUUACUUGAAGCUGUAUGGACCAGAUUAUUGUUCAGCUGCUGAGAGAAUGUACUAUACCCAAUGAGAUCAGAUUUAACCAUUGGAGAUCUGAGUCCCCUCGCGUGACAGUAGUUCCAAUCCAGUAACUAUUCUUUAUGUAUGGAAAAUCUUAAUUUGAUCACCAGGAAAUGUAAAACUUCUGGUGUAUUUAAGAUUCAGAAAGGCUUCUGAAGUUUGUAAUUUCCACUUUGAAAUUUCAGACUUGAUUUUCCCUUAUGAGAAAUGUAUCAACCCCUACAAAAAUGGCCACUAAUUAUAAUCCACAUAAUAAUUCACAUUUCCUGUUGCUGCAGGAUUAUUUUCAUGCUGUAGCAAACUGGCGCAUAUUAAUAUCCUUCAUCUAUACAAACUCACUACGACAAAUACCCUGACCUACUAUGGUUUCCAUCUGAUGAUGCAUUUGAAAACUGAACAUGAUUACGAUGAUUACAAUUGUAUUACUUUGUUGGUUACAGCUAGCAAGGACGACCCUCACCAUCAAUCAGAGUUAACAAGUUUUUAAUGUUGUUCCACCAUUGCCCCACAUAUACCACAGGUGUCGUAAAAGAUUGUUGUAAAACAUUACUCAAAACCACAUCAAUACAACAAUGGUGGUGAAGAUGUUGAUGAUGAUGAUAAAGAUAUUGCUGGUAGUUCAGGUGACUGGUUAAUGAUAUUACUGUUGAUGACCAACAUGUUAUUUUUCUUCCUAGGUUUUCCCUAAGAGGCUGGUGUCUUUCUCCACAUGGAUCGACCACACCCGCUGGGCACGGAACACAUGGGCCAUGGCAGCAAUCUUCAUCCUCACCAUGGCUGACAUUGUGGACAUGGUGAGAAACGCUCAUCGUUAGUCCAGUAGAAUCAAUCACAACAAUAAGAACAGUGGCUUUCUGGUGUUGAACACACAAGACUUCCCAUAAACCUGGGUUUGACUUAAGGGUCUGUUUUUGGUAUUGACAUGCAUGCACACUGUCCAAAUGCAACAGCACACAUUGCAGUUGAAUGUUUUAAAUUCAUAAUAAAGCAACAAGAUGGGAGUGAACCAAGGAUUUUAAAAAGGGGUCCAGGUAAGUUUGGAGGAAGCACUAGAAAUCGAUUGAGUGGUGGCUCGGAUCUUGCGUUGACAUUUGGCCUCUAUCCCCUCUCUGUCCAUGCCCUGUAGCUAAGCUGUCCCCGUCCCUCGGGAAAUGCCACAAUGGCCCCUCCCUCCUCUGUUGUCCAAUCCGGGGCCGAGGGCUGUCUGGAAAACCCCAAGUACUACAGCUACAUCGCCGUGCUGGCACUCAUGGCGACCACCAUGCUGGUGCAGGUCAGCCACAUGGUCAAGGUCACACUCAUGCUCCUCAUCACCAUAGCAACGGGCAUCGUCAACAUCUACAGCUGGAGGGACAUAUUUGACCGCUACGAUAUGGCCCGCUUCCAGGACUACAGGUAGAUGUGGUUGUGGUGUUAUAGGCUGUUGUGGUGUUAUAGGUGGUGGUCAUCAGUUUAUGGAUGUGUGGUCAUAAUUUAUUUUCAAUUAGUAAAACUGAAAUUGGAAUUUCAGUUGACUGAAUUGAAAUGAAAUUGACCCCAACUCUGAUUGUCUUGUUUAGUGUGAUAUUGUUGUUCUGUUAACAAUGUGCGCAUGCCUGUGAUUUCUGAUUAUCUCUGUGCUCUAUUUUUAGGUCUUACCUGGUUCCCUCUAAAUAUGCCAUGACCGUGAUGAUCUUCAUCAUGAUGAUCAGCUUCUACUACUUUUCUCGACAUGUAAGUUACUGUGGCAGAAGUCUACUAGUUAUCUACCUUCCAACCUCACUAAGUCAUCACCACCUUCUCUAUUUUCCACAUCAGCCUUCUCUGCUUCUCCUCCAUCCUUGUUAACCUCUCCACCUCUAUUUGAACCUCUUUCCUGUCUCCUGACACCCUGUCCCCGACUGUAGGUGGAGAAGCUAGCCCGAACUCUGUUCUUGUGGAAGAUUGAGGUCCAUGAGCAGAAGGAGAAGGUGUAUGAGAUGAGGCGCUGGAAUGAGGCGCUGGUCACUAACAUGCUGCCAGAGCACGUAGCACGGCACUUCCUGGGCUCCAAGAAAAGGGACGAG